UUCAAGCCCAUGAGGGAUGUUCAGGCAGCGAGGGACAUGGGCUAAUUUCCAAAGCCCUGCAGGACAUCCUGAGCUCCCCGCGGUGGCAGCGGGAGCAGAACCAACCCCGGCGAGCGCGGGACCCCCGGGGAGGAGGCCCAGCGAGCUGCUUCUCCUUUGAUGGCGUCUUGAUUCUCCAGGAGCUCAGGGCCUUGUGUGUCCACUCCCUGUGCUUCAGGACGAAGGCUUUGUGGCUGCCCCAGCAUGGUACAAGCCUGCUUGGUGUGCUCCAGAGUUCAUCACGGCAGCCUGACAGCCCAGGCAGCUGGGGCAGAUAUGGACCAGAUGGACAAGCUCAGUCCCUCUGCCAAGAAGCAUGUGCACCUUCAGGAGAGGAGGGGCUCCAAUGUGUCACUGAUGCUGGACAUGAGCUCGUUGGGGAGUGUGGAGCCCAUCCAGCCUGUCUGUACCCCUCGAGACAUCACACUGAAGUUCCUGAGGACGUCCAGCCAUGUGCUGAGGAGAGAGGAGCUUCAGCAGUGUGCCCAGAGCAUGACACUGCUCCAGGAGGAGUUUUCGAAAAUCCCACCCAACUUUGUCAGUCCAGAAGAGCUGGAGAUCCCUGGACAUGCCUCCAAGGACAGAUACAAAACGAUCCUCCCCAACCCUGAGAGCCGGGUGUGUCUCAGGAGAGCAGGGAGCCAGGAGGAGGAUAGCUACAUAAACGCCAACUACAUCACAGGCUACGCGGGGCAGCCCCGGGCCUAUGUGGCCACCCAGGGACCCAUGCUGAACACUGUGACCGACUUCUGGGAGAUGGUGUGGCAGGAAGAGGCCCCGCUCAUCGUCAUGAUAACCGAGCUGCAGGAGCGCAAAGAGAAAUGUGUCCACUACUGGCCUGAGAAGGAGGGGACCUACGGCCCCUUCACCAUCUGCACGCUGGGUAUGAGCAAGUGCCUGGAGUACAUGGUCCGGGAUCUCUCCAUCAAGCUUGCAGGUGAGUGUCGCCAGGUCAAACACAUCCUCUUCCCUUCCUGGCCGGACCAACAGACCCCUGAGUCAGCCAAGCCCCUGCUGCACUUGGUGUCCAAGGUGGAGGAGACUCUUCAGGCUGCAGCCAGCCCAGGGCCCAUCAUUGUGCAUUGCAGCGCAGGCAUCGGUCGGACGGGCUGCUUCAUCGCCACCAGGAUUGGGUGCCAGCAGCUGAGGGACAAGGGGGAGGUGGAUAUCCUGGGAAUUGUGUGCCGCCUCCGCAUGGACAGAGGUGGGAUGAUCCAGACCAGUGAGCAGUACCAGUUCCUUCAUCACACUCUGGCUCUCUAUGCUUCCCAGCUGCCACAGGCAGGAGGCCACUAGUGCAGGGCUCCCCCUGAGCUGGGGGCUCCCUGCUUUCACCUCUCCUGCCCCCCACCAGCACACCUCCAGCAAACCCCCCUGCAGCCGCAGGGCCAUGGAGCAGCAGCGUGAGCCCCCCUGGGUAGGCACAGCCCAGCAAUGGGGACUGUGGCCUUGGCCCCCAGGGCUGAGCAGGGUCCACAUGAGGCACACAGUGAGUGCUUGAGGGGCUGGUGCUGCUGGCUUGAGGCAGAUCUUCCUCCUGGAAAGAAGCUUUGGCUUUGUGCAGCAUUUCAUCCCCAG